AUGUUACUGAAAUUAUUAAUUUUUAGUGUUUUAAGUGCAAUUUCAACUUCGGAGAAAGUUAGAUAUGACAAUUAUUCGCUGUACAAAAUUUAUCCACAGAACGAAGAUCAUUUGAAAUAUUUAAAUGAUUUACAAAGAAACAGUGAUGAUUUACGUUUUUGGAAAUUACCUUCAUCCGUCAAUGACUAUGCGAGUGUGGUGUCUUCGCCAGAAAAUAGAGCCGUUUUUGAACAUUCCCUCAAGAAAAGGAGCUUGAAUUAUGAGGUUAUGCUGGAAAACAUUCAACAAGCAUUUCAUGAUCAAUUAUUCAGCAGAAAAAAACGUGAUACAAGAAAUCAGUUGUUUUGGACUAAUUAUCAAACAAUGGAAGAUAUUUAUGAGUGGUUCCAUCAUUUAGCUAGAACGCAUGGAAAUCUAGUUACAAUUAUUCAGGCGGGACAAUCAUUUGAAGGUCGAAAUAUUACUGGAGUGAAAAUAUCACGUAAGCCAAGUCAACGCGCUUUUUUCAUCGAAGGCGGUCAAGUUGCUGCAGAUUGGCUUUCUCCAACUAUUACCACAUAUAUAGUUGAUCAGCUCGUGCGAGGUGAUAGUCCUGAAAUAAGGAAGGCUACAGAAGACUUUGAAUGGCACAUUUUUCCUAUCCUAAACCCUGAUGGUCAUGAAUUCACACAAAAUUCUGACAGACUUUGGCUUAAGAAUCGUAGACCGACAAUAGGACGUUCAGUUGGUGUUGAUUUAUCAAAGAAUUGGAAUUCACAUUGGGGAGUUAGAGGGGGCAGCUUCGUACCAACUGAUAGUAACUACUUAGGCUUAGGGCCAUUUUCAGAAGUUGAGACAAGAGCUGUUUCAAGAUAUAUGGAAUCAAUGGAUACUAAGCUAUAUGGCUCACUGUCAUUCAGAGGUUUUGGACAAAGACUGUUGAUACCUUUUGCUCAUACCACAUCGCAUAUGUAUAAUUAUAAUGAAACGGUUUUAAUCGGUAGACGAGCAAUGGGAUCUUUGGCAGUCCGUUAUAAUACACAAUAUUUGGUUGGAAAUUCAAUGGAAGUACAUGACGGUUCUACUGGUUCUAUUGCUGAUUGGGUCAAGCAUCGCUUUAAUCCUCCCGUGGUUUUUACCUACCAACUCAGGGAUAUCGGUAAUUGGGGCUACAUUUUACCAGUGAACCAAGUGCUGCCAUCUUGCGAGGAAACCUUCGACUCCGUGAUGGCGAUCAUUAGGGAGGCGAGGUUUAUUAAUGUAUUUUAAUAAUUUGGUAAAAGUGAAGGAUUUUAUUCGUCAUUUGUGAUGAAUUUUGAAGUAUAAUGAUUAAGUACAUGUUAGGUUUAUUAAGUAAUAAAUUUGAUAUAUUUUUAGCGAUUGUCACAAAGCUAUUUUUUGUCAAU